GUUGAAUGUCUCUCUUUACAACUCUUGUGCUGGUUUCAAGAAAGAGAAAGUCCCUCUCUCUCCUCUCUCUCUCUCUCUCUCUCUCUCCCUACACUUUCUCUUUUAAGUUUGCCGCAUUGUCUUGGUCUUGAGCUUCAGAAUCUAGUCUCUCACUUCCCAUAUUUAAAGUGUUGUCUCUCCCUCGGCCCGUUGUGUUUCUAAUCUUACUGGGUUUUGGGUCUAUGCUCUUCUUCUUAUUUAUAUACAUUAGUGACACAUUUAAUACUAGAAAUUGUUUUGAGUGUGAUACCCAGUAACUAGAGUCUAAGAAAUUGAAGAUUUCUUGCAUAUAGAGGAAAGUGAAGAAGUUUUUAUGUGUAGUUUUGUCCGUUUUGCUUUGUGCUGAGCCAUUCACAACAUAUGAAGGUCUGCAAAAUUUGCUGAGAAAUGAGGUUUCCGGAAGUCAGAAAUUGGGAAAUUUUGUUCAUUUCCUUGAAUUUCUGAUAUUUUUGCUGAUUCUGAGGAAAACCCAUAAAUUGUGGAAGAAAAUAGGAGAGCUUGUAUGAAGAAGUGGUGAAACAAUGAGAGAUGGGAAUUCCAAGAAAAGCAAGCUCUCAUGGUCAAAAGCAGUGAUUAGGAAGUGGUUCAACAUCAAGGGCAAAAAUGAAGAGUUCCAGGCAGAUGAAGUUGUUCAUGGAGGUGCUGAUGUGGAAUGGAGGAAUAGCUUCUCAGAGAGAGAGCCAUGUACAAUUAAGAAAAGCAGAACAGAAAAAAUAAGCAAGAGUACGGAUCGUGUCCGGAGAGGAAGAGUUGAUCUUGAUCACCCUCAAGUGAUACAUGUGCAGAAUCAUAGUAUUUUUGUUGCUACAUGGAAUGUGGGCGGAAAAUCCCCUCCAAGCAACUUAAAUCUGGAUGAUUUGCUACAUUCCUCACCUCCUGCAGACAUUUAUGUUCUUGGAUUUCAAGAAAUAGUUCCUCUGAAUGCUGGCAAUGUUCUGGGUGCUGAAGAUAAUGGCCCUGCCCAGAAAUGGCUAGGUCUAAUUCGGAAAUCACUAAACAAUCUUCCUGGAACAAGUGGAGGUGGUGGGUUCUAUACACCUUCUCCCAUCCCUGAUCCUAUGGUGGAAGUAGAUGCAGAUUUUGAUGGAUCAACCAGGCAGAAGGCGUCAUCCUUCUUUCAUCGCCGAUCAUUCCAGACACCCCGGCCAUCAAUCCACCAGCCUCGCCUUGAUAGGCGAUUCAGUGUUUGUGACCGAGUAUUCUUUGGUCAUAGGCAAAGUGACUUUGACCACAGUUACAGAUGGGGUCACCGGCCAAGUGACUCUUCCUGGAGUCACAGGCCCAGUGAUUAUUCUGGGGGUGAGAGGCCAAGUGACUAUUCAGGGGGCCACAGACCAAGUGACUAUUCAGGGGCUCAUAGACCAAGUGACUAUUCAGGAAGUCAUAGACCAAGUGACUAUUCAGGUGUUUACAGACCUAGUGACUAUUCAGGAGGUCACAGACCAAGUGACUAUUCGAGAUGGGGUUCAUCUGAUGAAGAUUACGCGCCUGUUGAUUCACCUAGCACCUCGUCAUUCUCACCAAUGUGGAAUGGUGGAUAUGCGCCUAUGGAUGAUGGAUGCAGAAUGCGAGGACAUUCACGGUACAGCUUGGUUGCAAGCAAACAAAUGGUUGGCAUUUUUCUCACAAUAUGGACUAGGAGUGAUUUGAGGGAACAUAUUCGGAACAUGAAAGUAUCUUGUGUUGGCAGAGGAUUGAUGGGUUACCUUGGAAAUAAGGGAUCCAUUGCAGUAAGCAUGUUAUUGCAUCAGACAAGCUUUUGCUUUGUCUGCAGUCAUUUGACUUCGGGACAGAAGGAGGGCGAUGAACUACGAAGAAACUGUGAUGUCAUGGAAAUCCUUAAAAAGACAAGGUUUCCACGGAUAAAUGGCACCGCUAAUGAGAAGUCCCCACAAACAAUCCUUGAACACGAUCGAAUUAUUUGGCUUGGUGAUCUGAAUUAUCGGAUUGCCCUCUCUUACCGGUCUGCUAAGGCGCUUGUUGAGAUGCAAAACUGGAGGGCGUUGUUGGAGAAUGACCAGCUGCGGAUAGAAAAAAGCAGGGGUCGUGUUUUUGAGGGAUGGAGUGAAGGGAGAAUAUACUUCCCACCAACAUACAAGUAUUCACAUAAUUCAGACAGAUAUACAGGAGAUGAUAUACACUCAAAGGGGAAAAGGCGAACACCUGCAUGGUGUGACCGGAUUUUGUGGUAUGGAGGAGGCCUGCAUCAAUUAUCUUAUGUCCGAGGGGAAUCUAGGUUCUCCGAUCAUAGACCAGUUUCUAGCAUAUUUUGGGCUGAGGUUGAGUUAGUCCAAGGCCGCUUGAGAAGAAGCAUGAGUUGUUCUAGUUCCAGGAUUGCGGCGGAGGAGCUGUUUCCUUAUUCACAUGGAUAUACUGAACUCUGCUUUUUUUAAAAGAUGGAGCGAAUUGUUGAGUUAUAUUUGAGUGAGAAUUGCUUUGAAGAAAUUCGUCCUUGAAGGGUGAUGGAGACCUUCCGUUGCCCACAAACCGAAAAAGAUGUAGAUAUUCGUGAUAUUGCUGGCUAACCCAACUUCACAUGCCCGAAUUUGCUGAAUUUCACAACCAUUUUUUUAGCAUACAAGUAACUUGCCAAUUCGGAGAAUAAUCUAAUUACCUGACUAACAAACUCCCACGUAAUCGCGUCACCUCAAAUUCCUAUACAAGCAUUUGCUGUCCUGCGUAAUGAUCAGUUUUGCAGGAUGAACUCAACCAAUCAACACUGUGAAGUGGGUAAUUAGGGAUUGUUUUAUUCAAAGAUUCUUUAUUUGUUUUGGGCAAGCAAUUUUUCAAUGACUUCAAGAAGAUGAGAAAUGGUCAAAAUAAUCAUCUGGGGUGUUGCCUUUUUGUUUUUAGUGUAGACAGAAGUAAAGAACUGAUGUGUACUUAUUACUAGGGUUGAUAGAAAGAAACAUAAUUGAAAAUUUGUAAGCUUCUUCUCUCACUCUCUCUGUGUAUUGUUGCUAAUGAUUUUACUGAAAAAGAUGGUAGUAUAUUUUGAUCAUCCCCCAUCAA